ACAGGUAGGCUCCAACCCAGAAUAACGUUUUCAGCGUUCGAGAGAAAUCUUGUUUGUUCAGUUCUAAAGGCAUGAAAAAUACUUGUCAUUAUUCUGACAUCUCUUGGCAGAGUGCACUUUCCAAUCAAUCCUAUUCACUUGCAAAUUCAGCUGCAGGUUUGGGUGCUUGAACGCUUCACAGCUCCAUUAUUUGGAUGCGUGCAGCUCUUGGCAUAUUUUCCUGUUUGAGGACAUAUGGUCCUCAGCUUUAUACAAUGCUCUUAUGAUACAAAAAACAGAGAAGCUUGAGGGAAAAAAAAAAGGGGGGGGGGGGGAGGGAAGAGAAGAAGAAAAGAAACUAACAGAAGCAAAAGGAACAAACUCCCGUGCCCUGUAAGAACAGCUCAAAUUACUGCAGUAGCACUGUUCUCGUAAUAACUUCUGUGUGGCAAAAUGCAGCACGUGGGUCUCUGACAGAAUGAAGCAGCUGUGAAAAGCAGAGUUUACUCUCAGUCUCACUACCUCUGGGAGCUGAUCAGAGUCAGGAGCAGGCACCCGCCAGCCGUCUAGCUGUGCCAAGGGUUUCUGAGCAGCCCGUGCAGAACUACAUUUCCCAGAGCUCCCCCGGCGGGAAGAGCAGCUCAGUAAGACAGCUGCUGCUCUGUUUGCUGCAGGAGCAGUGCUUCAAACUGAGGUCAGCAGGGGACUUUCGGAGUGGUUUCCUGCUGCUGGAGGUAGCACAGCUUCUGCACAAAGCACAGCAGAGACAGCUACCUGUGGGCGUUGGUCAUGGCUGCAAUUUAUCAAGCAGUGCACAGAAGAGCUUCCUCUCUCUUCUGCAGGUUUCAUUCUACCUAUGUUAAAAAAAUGAGAUACUUAAAUGAGCUAAAGGAAGAUGAUGACUUUUGUAGACAAGCCCAGACCUCAGGAACUUUCUACCUCUUUCACAACCUCUCACCCUUCCUGCAGAAGGUUGGGAAGAAAUAUUUGCUACCACAGCUCAGUGCAGCAGAGAUGAAAAGGAUCCUGGAGAAAAUGAAAGAGACUGAACAGUGGAUAGAGAAGUCAGUGCUGAUCGGCUGUUCAGAUGAGCACGUGCCACACUUUGCCCUGGAUUUAGCAGGAGCCUUGGAAAAAUCAGUCAUUGAGUCUGAACUUCAGGGAUCGUUCACUGACUUACGAAAGGCUCUCUUUGUAGUGGAUGUGAAGGAUUCUCCUUUGCUGGCCUCGGCCCAGGCCCUUCUCCGGUGGCACGAGUCCCACCAGUACUGUAGCAAAACUGGGCAGCCCACUCAGAAAAACCUAGCUGGCAGCAAGCGAGUCUGCCAUGCCAGUGGAAUAACUUACUAUCCACAGAUGUCUCCAGUGGUUAUCACCCUGGUGUCUGAUGGCAGCCGGUGCCUCCUUACACGACAGUCCUCGUUCCCUCAGGGGAUGUACACUGCCCUGUCAGGCUUCUGUGACCUGGGUGAAAGUGUGGAGGAGGCACUGCGGCGAGAGGUGGCCGAAGAGGUGGGCCUGGAGGUGGAGUCCUUCCAGUACUCAGCCUCCCAGCACUGGCCCUUUCCCAGCAGCUGCUUAAUGAUCGCCUGUCACGCGUUGGUGGGGGGACAGCAGACUGAGAUAAGUAUGAACAGCCUGGAACUGGAAGAAGCCCGCUGGUUUGGCCUGGAGGAAGUCUUGGAGGGGCUCAAGAGAGAUCACACUUCUUCAAAGCAAGAUGAUGGUAGUUUUUUACCCUGGUUUCCUCCCAGGCAGGCCAUUGCUCACAAGCUGAUCAACGAGUGGGUUAAACAGCAGACUUCCCGGCCGACCUAGGUAUAAAGACUUCAUCAAGUCUGCGACUCUGCCAGAAUUACAAAAGCUUUAUGUAAAAGCUUCCAAAGCUACUGAAGACAACGUGUCUUACGGUGGGGGUAGCACCAGACUGAUGGCAGUCUUACACUUGGAUACACAGACGUACAAAGCCAUUUCUAAACUGGUUGUCUCUGGGCAACUCCUCAUACACUGGACCUUGGAGAUCCCACAACUUGCAGUAAAUAUGCAAUAAAAUUCUCAGUCCCAAAGUCCAAAACUUAAGUGUCAUCUGCUGCAGGUGUUGCCCAGCAAUCAGGAGAACAGUAAGCUCCUAGCAGUUACGUCCCCUUUUCCUCCAGUUUAUCCAUCUGGAACUCCUGGGUGGGUGGUUGAACCCAUUUUUUUUUAUGUUAAGGGAAAGUAGCCUUUCAGUGUUCACACACAGAUGGAAUGACAAUCAAAAAAAAAAAAAAAAAAGAAAAGCCACUGCCUCAAUGCUCUCCCUUUCUUCUGUUCCCCUUUCCAUCAAUUCUUCCAGUUUUGUAUAAAACAUGUUAAUUUUUUGCAAAUGUUAAGCAGACUUCUACUUUGAUGGUUUGUCUGAGCAACUAAAAAUACUUGUGGAGACACCAUUUUCCCUACCAGUGAGGCACAGCGUGAGACUUCCAUCCUGAGGAAGAGAGAACAGAGCUACCUGGUGGUAGAGAGUGGAAGAGCAAAUCAACCUAUAAGCACGUUAGAAGAACCCAAGUAAUGCUGAGAGGAACUGCUGCAAGGAAGACUGCACUUCCAACAGAAAAAAAAAUCCCAAAAGGCCAAGUGCCUCUCAUCCUGUGCCAAAAAUCUGGGGCUUGCCUGGAGAACUGCUCUUGUUUUACUGAUAAAGAAGUAUCACUUCUCUGAAGGGAGAGAGUGACAAAGAGAGCCUGGGAAAGGAAAGCCUAGUAAAAGAGGCAGACGGAGGGAUCUGCUGCUGUUUCAGGCUGACAGUCCUUCCUGCUCACUUGGCCACUACUCAAAUGCCAAGACUGCAAAGCCAGCAGUACAAAUACUUGAAGGGGAAGCAGGGCUGUAUCGCUGUCUGCCGGCUCUAGGAUUUAUUGCAGGUGAAGGACUUUUUUAAGCAUUGUAAAAAUUGUAAAGUUGUAAAAGUCCUGACAUCUGAACAGUAAGUAAAAAGAUUGUCUCACACAGUUCAAACACGUUUCGUUUCCUUGGGUUAAUUUUACUUCAGGAGGCUGGGGAGGGGCUUCUCUCAGGCCAUGGUGGCAUGUGCAAACAGCUUUUCCACCCCUACUAACUCUCAGCAAUAGAGGACCCGUGUCAGAGCAUGUUUUUCACGUUUGGCAGAUUUGGCAGCCAUCCCAGUGGGAAUGCAGUCUGGUACACAAGGGCACUGCUUAUGCCUCCCCUCCAACCCAACCAGACACUCCACACAAACCCCCACACCUCUAAACAUAACCGUGCCUCUCCUGCAUCCAGUUUCCUUUGAAAUUGUCUCGCCUCCUCUCUGUGGUAGUUCCUCCUGCUCUCUCUUCCAUCUCACCAUUUUAACCCCCCAUCAUUUAUCUCCUCCUCUCUCAUCUCUGGAAUGUGCCGUUUUCGUUUUCAGCCUCGCUCCUUUCUUCCCCUUGUCUGCAGGGAAAAUAUUGAAGAGUUAGAUACAAGCCAGCAGGAUAUUCCAGCUUCUCAUGCCCCUUCCUAGUUCUUCUUACUGGCCUCCCAACCCCCCCCAUGCAUUCAGUAAUGUGGCCCAGGCUUGCUCCAGCUUACAACACGCACCUUGCUGGUGUGCUCAGUACUUUUUGAAUAUCCUGUGAUCUGCUCUCUGUGGCAGAAAGAGGAUUAAAAAGUAAAAGUGUCCAAAAGUAGUACACGUGAGAGAGGGGAGGAAUGCCUGUAUGAAUUCUGCAGCAAUCUGAACUUUGUGAGUAUGCGGCUGUUUUUCUAAUUUGCAGUAUGCAUUUGGAGAUUUGAGGCUGCCAGAUACCCACACGCUUGAGCAGAGCUCUGAGUUGCAGCUCUACUCAUAUUCUGACUAUACCAGGCUUUUUCUAAUUUCAUCAACCUUUUGUUCCUGUUAGAGGAAAGGCAAAGUUAAUUUCUCAUUUACUUCUGACUCGCCUUUUAAAAUUCAGCUGUAAAUGUCUGUAUGUUCCUUUAGAUUUUCAAUAAAGCACUUCAAUCAAUAAA